AGUUCAGGCGACCGUGGCUGUUAGGCACCUUCGACUGGCGGCGGCGGCUCCUGGUGCGGCGGGGCGCUCGGCCAGCUUUCCAGGUCGGAACGGAACGCCUGGCUUCGCGGGCCCCGCCCGGAAAGUUUGCAGCGGAGCGGCGACCUCCCGGCCGGCGCGGCCCAGCAUGAAGCGGCGCUGAGGAGCCGCCGCGGCCGCCUGACGAGGAGCCGCAGCACCCGGGGCCACGCCGAUGACUACUGCAAACUGUGGCGCCCACGACGAGCUCGACUUCAAACUCGUCUUCGGCGAGGACGGGGCACCAGCGCCGGUGUCCCAGGUCUCGCGGCCUGCAGAUCUUGAGCCAGAUGAUUGUGCAUCCAUUUACAUCUUUAAUGUAGAUCCACCUCCAUCUACUUUAAACUCAUCGUUUGGCUCACCACAUCAUGGGCUGCUGCAGUCUCACUCCUCUGCUUUGUCACCAUCAUUUCAGCUCCAAGGUCACAAAAAUUAUGAAGAAACUGGUGAUAUUUCUGAAUCUAAAUAUAGCCCAUUAGGUGGUCCCAAACCCUUUGAGUGCCCAAGUAUUCAAAUUACAUCCAUCUCUCCUAACUGUCAUCAAGGAACAGAUGCACAUGAAGACGACCUACAGAUAAAUGACCCAGAAAGGGAAUAUUUGGAAAGACCUUCUAGAGAUCAUCUCUAUCUUCCACUUGAGCCAUCCUACCGGGAGUCUUCCUUUAGUCCUAGUCCUGCCAGCAGCCUUUCUUCUAGGAGCUGGUUCUCAGAUGCAUCUUCUUGUGAAUCUCUCUCACACAUUUAUGAUGAUGUGGACUCAGAGUUGAAUGAAGCUGCUGCCCGAUUUACUCUUGGCUCACCUCUGACUUCUCCAGGUGGCUCUCCAGGAGGCUGUCCUGGAGAAGACUCCUGGCAGCAACAGUAUGGACCUGGACACUCCUUGUCACCUCGGCAAUCUCCUUGCCACUCUCCUAGAUCCAGUAUCACUGAUGAGAAUUGGCUGAGCCCCAGACCAGCCUCAGGACCCUCAUCAAGGCCCACUUCUCCCUGUGGUAAACGACGGCACUCUAGUGCUGAAGUGUGUUAUGCUGGUUCCCUUUCACCCCAUCACUCACCUGUUCCUUCUCCUGGCCACUCCCCUAGGGGAAGUGUAACAGAAGAGACCUGGCUUACUGCUUCUGUCCACACUGGAUCAGGCCUUGGCCCUACACCUUUCCCAUUUCAGUACUGUGUCGAGACUGAUAUCCCUUUGAAAACAAGGAAGACUUCUGAAGAUCAAGCUGCCAUACUACCAGGAAAAUUAGAGGUCUGUUCAGAUGAUCAAGGGAGCUUAUCACCAUCCCGGGAGACUUCAGUAGAUGAUGGCCUUGGAUCUCAGUAUCCUUUAAAGAAAGAUUCAUGUGGUGACCAAUUUCUUUCAGUUCCUUCACCCUUUACUUGGAGCAAACCAAAGCCUGGCCACACCCCUAUAUUUCGCACAUCUUCAUUACCUCCAUUAGACUGGCCUUUACCAACUCACUUUGGACAAUGUGAAUUGAAAAUAGAAGUGCAACCUAAAACUCAUCAUCGAGCCCAUUAUGAAACAGAAGGUAGCCGUGGGGCAGUGAAAGCCUCUACUGGUGGUCACCCUGUUGUGAAGCUCCUGGGCUAUAGUGAAAAGCCAAUAAAUCUACAGAUGUUUAUUGGAACAGCCGAUGAUCGAUAUUUACGACCUCAUGCAUUUUACCAGGUGCAUCGUAUUACUGGAAAGACAGUUGCUACUGCAAGUCAAGAGAUAAUAAUUGCCAGCACAAAAGUUCUUGAAAUUCCACUCCUACCCGAAAAUAAUAUGUCAGCCAGUAUUGACUGUGCAGGUAUUUUGAAACUUCGAAAUUCAGAUAUAGAACUUCGAAAAGGAGAAACUGAUAUUGGCAGAAAGAAUACUAGAGUACGACUGGUAUUUCGUGUGCACAUCCCACAACCUAGUGGAAAAGUCCUUUCUCUGCAGAUAGCAUCUAUUCCUGUUGAGUGCUCUCAGCGAUCUGCUCAAGAGCUCCCUCAUAUUGAGAAGUACAGUAUCAACAGCUGCUCUGUUAAUGGAGGCCAUGAAAUGAUUGUGACUGGAUCUAAUUUUCUUCCAGAAUCCAAAAUCAUUUUUCUUGAAAAAGGACAAGAUGGAAGACCUCAUUGGGAGGCUGAAGGAAAAAUAAUCAGAGAAAAAUGUCAAGGGGCUCACAUUGUCCUUGAAGUUCCUCCCUAUCAUAACCCAGCAGUUACAGCUGCAGUGCAGGUGCACUUUUAUCUGUGCAAUGGCAAGAGGAAAAAAAGCCAGUCUCAACGUUUUACUUACACACCAGUUUUGAUGAAGCAAGAACAAAGAGAAGAUACUGAUUUGUCUUCAGUUCCAUCCUUACCUGUGCCUCAUUCUGCCCAGACCCAGAGGCCUUCCUCAGAUUCAGGGCACACACAUGACAGUGCAUUGUCAGCAUCGAGAAGCUUGAUUUGUCCAAUCCAGCCAGCAUAUGCAUCUUUAAUAACCUCAUCCCAUUUGCCACAGUUGCAGUGUAGGGAUGAGGGUGCUGUUAAAGAACAGCACAUAAUACCAUCUUCAGUCAUGCACCAGCCUUUUCAAGUUACAUCAACAUCUCCUAUGGGGUCUUCCUAUCAGUCUGUACAAACUAAUAUGUAUAAUGGACCAACUUGUCUUCCCAUGAAUCCGGCCUCUAGUCAAGAAUUUGAUCCAGCUUUGUUUCAGCAGGACGCAGCUCUUUCUAGUUUAGUAAACCUUGGCUGUCAGCCAUUGUCACCAUUUCAUCCUUCAGAUUCAGAUGCAGCAGAGCAUCUCUUAGCACACUCACCUCACUCUGUGCAAACUCCACCUCAUCUGCAGCCAAUGGGAUUCCAUUGUUCAAACACAGGACAAAGAUCUCUUUCUUCUCCAGUGGCAGACCAGGUCACAGGUCAACCUUCUUCUCAUUUACAAUCUAUUACAUACUGUCCUUCACAUCCAGGAUCUGCUACAGCAGCUUCCCCAGCAGCCUCUCAUCCCCUGGCUAGUUCACCGCUUUCUGGGCCAUCAUCCCCUCAGCUGCAGUCGAUGCCUUAUCAAUCUCCUAGCUCAGGAACAGCCUCAUCACCAUCUCCAGCUACCAGAAUGCAUUCUGGACAGCACUCAACUCAAGCACAAAGUACAAGCCAAGGAGGUCUUCCUGCACUUUCAUCCUUAGUAUGCCACAGUUUGUGUGACCCAGCCUCAUUUUCACCUGGUGGGGCAGCUGUGAGCAUUAAACCUGAACCUGAAGAUCAGGAACCUAACUUUGCAACCAUUGGUCUACAGGAUAUCACUUUAGAUGAUGUGAACGAGAUAAUUGGGAGAGACAUGUCCCAGAUUUCUGUUUCCCAAGGCCGAGAGGUGAGCAGAGAUGCUCCUGUCCCACGUCCCAAGUCCCCAGAUAUAGGAAGAUCUGAUGGGCUCUAACAGUGCUCACUGCAGCUUUGUGCCCACUACCUGCUUCUCUCUUGGACCUUGGGUUUCCAACCAGACUUCAGAACCUGUUCCAGGAGUUGGACUCUGUGGGAAAAGCAGCAUUCCUCCACCUCAAUCAAGCCUUGGGCAAAUUUUGUAAAAGAACAGGAACAGCAUAAGCUGUUUAAGCUGUGGGAAAAUGAGCUUUGCUUUUUUUUAUAUAUUUAAAUAGGAUACUUUUAUAUGAUGGGUGCUUUGAGUACGAAUGCAGCAGGCUCUCUAUUUCAGAGGUGCUGCUCCUGCAGGUGACCUGGUUGCAUAGCUAGGGUUAGUCAUUUGUAUGCUUUCUGGUCAUUUGAGAGCCCUUUAGUCUUGAUGAUAUUUUUAAAAUAUGAAAUUUUGAUAAAACCUUCCAGAGGCAGACAAAAAAAAUUAUCCUAAGCCCACGCUUACACCUCAAAAACUUAGCAUGCAUACUGAAGCCUUUCAUAGAUUCAUAGGAAGUAAAGCCAAAUGUAGCUCAUACUCUUUAUAAAAAGUACAAUGUUAGGUAAGUCAAGAAGAGAUCAUUCCAUCAUUGAAGUGUUGGAAUAUGAAUACAUUCCAGAGCAUAGUCUUUUUGUAACUUUAGUCAUCAAGCAGUCUCUCCACUAGCUCCAUGUUCAAGCCGUUUUCUUCCCUCAGGACCUUGGAUAAAUGGUCAUUUGUAAGGUGAAUUUCAAAGGUAGGAUUUUAGCUUGGGUAGUUAUUUUCUACCCUCCUAACUUUUAAAGUGGGAGCACCUGCCAUGAGUCUGUAGUCUUUGAAGCCAGUCUCCUGAUAGUUUAGGCUUUGCAGUUUUAACUCUUAAAGUCAGGCUGGCAGUGUCAGGAGCUAAGUAUGAAUGAGCUGUGUACUAGGAGGGGCAGAGAAAAUGCAGGACUCUAGAUGAGAAGACUUAAGAUUCCCCAUGGCAUGGAAGGCUUAUCUCCUAUUCUGUUUACAGCCUGCAGUGACUCUGUCCCACAGUGUCUUGACUGUAUGAUCUAAAAACCAGCCUUUUCUCCAGAAGGCUUUGAGGCACAUCCAAAAAUGAGGUGGUGUCAUAGACCUGUCCUUCCACACCAAAGACACCCUGGUGCUGCUGCUGGUGAGGCUUAUGUCUGAGGCAGGGGCCAGCAGAAACUCCAGCCUGCUGUCUACCAAAGGAGGUGCCCCAGUUGGGUACUGUUCCCAAACCCUGCCUUUACCCUUUCCUUUUAAAGUCCCUGAAUUUUACAGUAUGUUUUCAAAUUAAAUAGUGUACUUUUUCAGGAAGCAAAUUGAGUGCCUACAGGUGAGACACUGUGCUGCACUGGCUAAAGACUCAAUGCUAUUACUCUAGGGGAUUGUGACCCUUGAUGGCAGGGCUUUCUUUACUAAGGCUACAUCAGGCCUAAGCAGGGUCUAGCCUGUUGCCCACCAUCUCUGGUGAGCAGGGUAGGAGAUACUGAUUCAGAAUGAGGGAAAUAUGUGUUUGUUCUUAACACAAUGCUUUAGAUGUCUCCCCUCAAACUAGUUAGAAAACAGUCUAUCAGCAAAUUGCUCUGGCCACUCCUGGAGCUGGAUAUUUUCCAAAUUUCUCUGAAAGCAAGUUUUAUAUCAGUGAGUGUGGAUAGUGAAAUUUGCUUUAGGGCCUAUGGUUGGUAGUCCACAGCUUCUACAGGGCAAUGGCCUCUCAGGUGUACUUGCAGAGACUUGGCCAAAUUUGCUUCCACCCUCUUUCCCCUGGGGUAGCUGCCUCAUGUAGGGUCAUUGCAAGACCCCUUGGGGGUGCUGCUUUGCUGCCUUCAAGAAUAAAAGCCUCUAUGAUCCAGAGUUGCUAUGCACCAAAUUUUGAUGCCUUUUAAAUACCUUGAUGCCUGUAGCAUUAGAAAUGCUUUCCUAUUUAAAACAGGUUAGAUUUUCAGAUAGAGCUUUGUAUUCUAUGUAACGGUUUUAUAUUAGCUUUGUAUAAGCUUUCAUGUAAGAGUCAUAUUUUUUGGCUUUGUAGAUAAAGACUUAAAUUUUUGUGCAAAAUUAUGAUGGUAAAGCACACAUCCAUUGGACUAUGCAAAUUGAUUUCUAGUAGCAGCACUGAGCAGCUGGGCAUUUCCUAGCACACACACUUUCCCCUCACCUGUACUACACCUUGGGGUGAGGAACAAAGGAGCAGCCUUCUGUUUACUAGAGACGCAAGAAACAUGGCUGAAAACAUUAAAAAGAGAUGUUUGGGUUUGUAUGUGGUGCUGCUGCCCUGGGUACAACCCACCACCACCCAGGACCAGCCAGUAUCAUCAGACCUCUGCUGGACCUAGCCGAGAGGCCCAGUUUUUAAUAUGUAGAACACAUGGUCAUCUUUAAGGCUCAAAUGGGCCCAAGUUGAAACUGUGUUUUAUAGAGUGGAUGUUUAGGUGAAGGAAUUGGUUCUCAGUUAUGUUUACAGCACUUGGAAUUGUGUUUUCUUGUACAUUUUGUAUUUUAAAAUCUUUUAUAGGAGUGCAGUGCUCCUUACACAAAUACAAAGGGAAGACGAGCCAGCAGUUCAGGCUCCUCCUCAGUUACAGUGCUGAAAUAAUAAACAGCGACGAUCAGCGGUGUCCUUGAAA